AUGGGCAGGGAUAAGAAGAACAAAACCUCCAAGCACAUCAAGUGUGACAUCCUGUUCGACGACAAUCCGCAAGGAGUUUACCGGGCGGGUGACACCGUCAGCGGAACGGUAGAAAUACAGCUGGACAAACCAAAGAAAUUUCGAGGCGUCGCUCUUCGUAUAAACGGUUUCGCUUCAACGUCCUGGAACGCGAAGCUCAAAGGAACCGAUGCUAAAAACGCCAAGAAAAACAAAAAAACUCACUUCAAUGGGCGGGAGGACUACUUUGGCACCAUAACCUACUUCGUGGGAUCGGAUGUUGGGAACCCGCUGGAAGUGCUGGCGGGCGUUUACCGGUACACGUUCGCAUGUGAAAUUCCACCAAAUGCACCAUCCUCCAAGGAAGGCAAGUAUGGCCACAUCCGCUACGUGGUGAAGUUGUCGCUCGAACGUCCCUGGAAGUACGAUCACAUCUUCCAGAUGCCGUUCAUCGUGAAAAGCCAUGCCGAUCUGAGCCUGGCGCAGGAACGGAUGCUGAGACCGGCACGGGCCGAAUUAGUGCAGUCGUUCUACUUCGGCCUAACGGAUCCGCUGAUUGUGACAGCAGGAACACCCCGCACCGGAUAUGCUCCCGGCGAGGUGAUCGAGGUGUCGAUCCAUGUCAACAACCAGAGCAGUGUGGAUGUGCGCGACAUCACGGUCAAGUUCCAGCGCAUCGACACCUUCCUCAGCCAGGUGCCGAUUGUGCAGCAAUACCUUGAGCACUCGGUCAUGGAGGAGCGUACCAUUGGCCGUGUUGCUGGGCGUAACGAUGCCAUAUUCGAGGAGAACAUACUGAUCGGUUCGACCGUACCAUCGGAUGACGAACGGUGCAAGAUCAUCAUGACGCGUUACGAGCUGGAAGUUAUGAUCCGUCCGGUACGGUCGAGAAAGAAACUGUUCCUCACGCUACCGAUCGUGGUCGGUACGGUGGGCUUGCCAAAGACACUCUAUCCGAUGGAGAUGUUGAGCAAGGAACGGGCAGCUCUCGGGAUGGGUCCAACCGAUGCGGGUACCGGCAUUACCAGUGUUCCGAUACCGUCGGAAUCGCCACCACCAUACCCGGACGAUGCCCAACCGUCCACGUCUCGGGCGUUUUCCAGCGAUAAUCUAACCGACGGUCCGACAGCACCCUCAUCGGUCGAUGUGAAGGAGCACGAGUUCGAGAAGGGGUCCGAGCCGUACACGCCGCGAGAUUUCGACGAAAAUUACUAA